GGCACUAGCGCACCACUUGGGAAUCGAACCCGGGUCACCGGAAUCCGAAACCCCGCUCUACCGACUGAGAUAUCGCGCCUCCCGUAAAUCCUUGUGUGUGCAUUGAAUUCAUCUAUCUAAGAAAUGAUACCUUUGUAAACUUGUUGAUUAUUUGUUGUUUUUGUGUUCAAAAGAAUCAAAAAUUUAUUAUAAAGAAUUUUGACAGGUGUAAAAAUUGCAUGUUGGUUUAGUUGCGCAUGCGCUGUCAAUUGCCAUAGCAGACUGUAAACUAUAACCAGUGGCAGUGUUUUUGUCGACCGACGGCCGACCAGAUAUUUAUCCCUAGCAUUAGUCCAAGAAUAUUUGAUUUGGCAGAUACUGUAUUGAGAUGGCAGACAUCAAUUAUUCUGCUGGGGAUGUAGGUGCGAUCCUCCCUCAGAUCGUCAGGGAACUCCAGAAAACAACUUUGCAUUCGCAACUCAAACAGGCAGCACAGGUGAUUGCUGCAAUGCCCGAUAUAAAUAUUUCUGACUUAGAAUUCACAGUGCCUGAAAAACUUACAGAUACAGGAUGGGAACAGAAACUUCACAAUGCAGUUUACAGACACCUUAGACACUACAAACCCAUGCCUCACCCAGACACACCCCAAGAACAAAUGAAGGAAUCUUUGGCGUACAUUCGAAGAGCACAGUCUACCUGGGAGAAACGGAUCUUGAAAAGUCUCAACAGCAUGUGUACAGAACUCUCCAUUCCAUUGGCAAGAAAGGUAAAUAAUCAAGUAAUCCUUCUGGGAUCUGUUUUAAUAGUCAGUUUUUAAUUCUAGAACCACAAUCAAUAAAUCAAAACUUAAGCACAAGCCACACCUACAUGUACAUGUAUUCUAGGCACGCUUUUAAUGACACUAUUUGUGACCAUCCACCCCACAACAAUAAGUCACUCAAAAUGAAUUUUGAGAUUUUUAUUGUGUAAUAGGAAAAGCAAAUCCUAAGGUUUAAAAUGAUAUGUAACUUGUUAAAAUUGACCAACGAUAACCCACAUAAGUACUUUUGAGAAGAAACUCUGAAAGAGCUUCAUAGAAUAAGGCUUUAGUUGGGGUUCACUCGAGCAUGAGAUGAACAACAUGUGCAAUCUCAAUGAAACUUCCAAGCAGUCCCUGAAACACUUGUGUCUAAAAAAAACAACUCUUGUAUCUUUUCAUUUAUUCAACUUAACUGAUUCAAAUUUUGACACUACAUGUAAGCAGAAGAAUUACUCUUUCAGAUUUGUCAGUUCCAGAUUUUUUUUUUGGAAGACUAUAGAAUUACUAUUUUUUUGCUAUUUACAGAGAAUCUUCCCUGGUGACAUAUUGAUGGUUUUGAUUGGCUGCUCACAUUUUGAAGAAAAAACACCCCAACACUUUCACAAUUCUUGUUAAGAUUUUGAAAUUCAUAAGUUUAAUCUGAAGUGUAUUGAUAACACCCUCUUCUGAUUUGGAGCAUCUUCAAUCCACCCGCAAUCACACCGCAGAAUAAUGACUUUGAAAUUCACAAUCAUUAAACAUUCUUCAGAUCUAUGAAUGCACUUCUAAUUAUGGCUGCCCUGAUGGUACAUGUAUUUCAACUUCCGUGGGGACCCUCUUAUGUUUGCCCACCAAAUUUGUGCUACCCAUUCAUGGAAGCCUGUUCUCAUCAGCUUAAGAUUUUAAGUAGUAGAUGGGGAGUAUUUCAUGAAGGUGAGGUGAAUGGGUAUCCGGUAGGAAUUCCUUGAAUGCUCAAGUACAUACAUUUGUAGGUAGCAGAGCUAAGCCUGGGUAAUAAUAGCAGGGCCCGCUGGGAGACCAGUUUUCGGAACUGAAGUGGCUACCCUGGGUAAAUUACCAUUAUUAUUCAUGGGCCACCAAUUCUUUCAUGUAUUUGGACUGAUUAAAAUGCUGCUUUGUUCUUUAAAUCCUGUCUUAUUAUCUAAUCUUUUUCUAAUGCAUUUGGGUCCCCUCUCAAAAUUUUCUCGUGAUUUUUUAAAGAAGUUCUGAGGCUGGUUUCAUAAAACUAAUGAAGUCAUUUGUUUUCAUUGGCUGAUAGUAAACUUGUUACAAAAUUGUGCAUUUUUAAAAUAAGUCUUUAUGAAACAGGGACGAUGAAAACCCACUCGUAUCAGGAAGGACAAGGCUGUUCUGUUAUUCUUGAACUAAAAAUUCCAGAAAAAACAUGCAUGCAUAAUAUGAGAACACAUGCAGCAUAAUAACAUUAAAGAACUGCAGACAUGCUUUUAAUACAGUCUUUCUUUGUUAGAAUAAUAGACAUAUAAUAGUGAUUUUUUUUCAGUAAAGUUGUCUUCAGUUGUGUAGGCAACUAGUAUUUUAGUGCUCUACAAAUUUGGAAUUGGAUUGAAUGGAACUAUAACAAAUUCCUUUUGUUCUCAAGGCAUGUAUACAUGUAUAUGCAUGUGAUCAUGAAUUAUUAAAGCUGUGAAUUUUCAUGCUUUUUUUAACGAUUUUUUUUUAAUUCCACCAUGUUACUUACGGUGGCCAUGAUUUAUGACAGCUUUAGAUUUUUCUCAACAUGACUUCUCCCAGGUCCGUAACAAAUCCUUGCCCUUUCUUUUCUUUCAAUUCAGUACUCCCUUUUGUUUUAUUUUGUCUCGCCUGAACAAAGUUCGGCAGAAACCUACAUAAUCACUUUCCUGAAUAGUCCGUUGGUCUGUUAGUCUGUUCCAAAAUGUUAAAGUUUUUGUUCAACUUGCUCUCAUUUCUUUAUUUUUUCAGCAAUUAUAUUCAUACUAAGUACAGAUCAUUGGGUAAUACCCCAUGUGACCCCUUGAGAAUGAUGGGGUAAAAGGUCAACUAUUAAAGGGUUAAAAGGUCAAAUGAUAUGAGGUCAUGUUCAUCCUUUUUUGAAGUUUUUGUUCAACCUUAAUCACAUUUCUUUAUUUCUGCACCAAUGUUGUUCAUACUUGGUAUAUGAUCCUUGGGUAAUACCCCAUGUGGCCUAACUUGAAUGAUGUGGUCAAAGGUCAUGUAGGGGUCAACAGAUCAAAUUAUAUGAGGUCAUGUCCAUCCUUUUUUUAUUUUUUUUGUGCGCAACUCAUUCUCAUUUCUUCAUUUCUGUAUUAAUGUUGAUCUCACUUGCUUCAAAUGAUCCUUGGAAAAUGCCACAUGUGUUUUGUUGAGGAUCAUGGGGACAAAGGUCAUCUAGGGUUAUAAAGGUUUUUUUUUUAACUGCUUUCAUUUCUUUAUUUCUGCAUCAAUUGUGUUUACCCUUGGUAUAAAUGAUCCUUGGGUAAUUCAUGAGAAUGUGUGGUCAAAGGCCAUCUUGAUUUGAUUGCAAAAUCAGGCAAAAUAUGGCAAAAUCAGGCCACUUCAUGAGCUCAGACC